AUGGCAGGGGUGUGGCUGUGUGGCCAGUUCUACCACAGAGCCACACCCUGCCAUGGAUGUGAUGCACCCAUAUACCCACAAAACCUGCGUUUUAUGUGUGAGCAGCACUACUGGAAGACCCAGUGCCAGCGCGGCACGAUGUACGGGAUGCUGCUGGAGAGCAUCCAGCACUACGUCCAGGAGUUCUACGGACUGGACAGCUGGCAGCAAAUCCUGGAACAUGCCGGAAUGAAGAACAUGAUCUUCUCCACACAUAAAGUCUACAAGGACGAAAUAAUGGUCAACCUUGCCACCAGCUGCAGCGCUGUCCUCCAAGACCGCAACAUUGACGAGUACAUGUACUACUUCGGGCAGUGUUUCGUGGACUUCUGUCAACAUUACGGAUAUGAUAAAGUUCUACGUGUUGCCGGACGCCAUUAUCGGGACUUCUUAAAUGGAAUCGACAACUUACACGAAACUAUACGAUUCAGUUACCCUAAGUUGCAGAGUCCUUCAUUUAUUGUGGAAAUGGAAGACAGUGGUGGAUGUAUAUUGACGUAUCGUUCAAAACGUGUUGGGUUUGCGUAAUAUGUGACGGGUCAGUUGGCGCAGUGUGCGAGGAGACUGUACAAUGUGGAUGUGGAUAUACAUAUUCUGCAAGAGAUUCGUACAGACCACGGCUGCCACGUAAAGUACCGACUCAAUUUCCCCAACACAGGCUACUCUCCGCCCAUUACCGCCUACACUACCUCAGGAACUCUGGGAUAUCCCCGGAUUGCCAGCAGUACUUUUUUCAAGCUCUUUCCAUUCUGCCUCGUGUUCGACAGCCACAUGCUGAUCCGGUACAUGGGGCACAACCUAACCAGCGUGUUCCAGAACAGGACACUGAUUGGCUGCAAGAUCUCAGACAAAUUUGGGCUGCGUAGACCUCUGGUUGACUUCACUUGGGAAAACAUCAUGUGCCUCCAGAAAGUUAUAUUUGAAAUGGAAUCGGAGCAGCAGCUACACAAAAUACGGAGGUCUGACCGGUACAAGCGCAUGACUGCAGGGGGCGAGAGGUCCAGUCUACUACUGCGGGGACAGAUGAAGUACAUGAAAGACUGGUCGUGUAUGGCCUUCCUCUGUACCCCACUAAUAGGCAACUUAGAAGAUAUGGAGACAACAGGACUAUUUGUCAAUGACCUCAACAUGUUUGACAACAGCCAGGAUAUGGUGCUAGCAGGCUGGCACCAUGCAUCUCAGCUGGAGUAUCUUGUAGACCGGCAAAUGGAGACUAGCAAUAAGAUAGCCCAGAACCUUCAGAAGCUGGACGAGUGGCGGCAGAAGAGCAACGUCCUCCUGUACUCCAUGAUGCCGGAGAGUAUCGCCGUCCGCCUGAAGCAUGGCGAGGACCCCAUCAAGACGUGCGAGACGUUUGAGAAGGUGACGAUCAUGUUCAGCUACCUGAUUGGCUUCAGUGAUAUCUGUGCCAACGCCUCAGCAUUCCAGGUGGUGGAAUGUAUCAACAAUGUCUUCACCGUGUUUGACAACAUCGUCGACAGAUAUAGAGCAUUUAAGGUGGAGACUCUGGGAGAUGCUGUCUAUAUGGUGGCAGGAGGGGUGCCAGACAGACGGGCAGACCACACCCAACAUGUCGCGGGUCUUGCUCUGGAAUUUGUGGACAACGCCAAAUACCUCAAAGAUCCCUUAUCAGGGAACAGCCUUAAAGUUAGAAUAGGGAUGCAUGUUGGGGGCGUGGUGGCUGGUAUCGUGGGCAAGAGGACACCUCAGUAUUGUCUGUUUGGGGACACGGUCAACACUGCCUCCCGGAUGCAGUCAUACAGUCUGCCAGGUAGAAUCCACGUAAGCCAGACCUGUCACGAGAAUCUCCAAGGAUCUGAGUUCUUGACCAUCUUCAGAGGCCUGGUCAAUGUCAAGGGUAAAGGGCAGCAGAAGACCUACUGGCUGGCUGGACAACGUGGGAGCCCCAGCACCGACAAGAUGGUCGAACUCAUCCAGCAGGAACAGAAUCAUCUCAAGGCCCCUGGGUUGAGCUCCAGGUGUGUCCAGCCUGGCUUUGAUCUGCAUGGCCUUCACAUGUCCAACAGUGGGUCUAACCUCGCCGCCACCUUCAACCAGAUCACCUGCAGCCAGGACGAACUGGACAGUGACUUCAAAGCAGAGCAGGCGGCCAAAGGGAGACAGGGACUUAGCAACAGUCUGAGUGACAUCCGUUUCAUCGAUGAGGAUGACGACACAGAGGAGCAGUUUAACGGAGCCAGGAAACUGCCUCCAACAUCAAAGAGUGCUUCACCAUUAAUACCAGGGGGCGAUAGUAGCCUCAUAAACAAUCCACAGCAAGAUCACAAACCUCAGCAAAACGGACCUUGUCGUGAGAAGACCGACCACCACAAUGGCUCCGCCAAGGGGAAGACGUUGCUGCCAUGUCUCAAGACAGGAAUGGAGCAUGUUCUUGUCCCAUCCAACCUUCCCAAGGUCAAGGUCACUCUUAAAAAUGAUGUGGAGUCGUGUUUGGUAUUAGGAGAAGUGAUUGUGAUAAGAGACUAUGGUAUGAACAUAUCUACAACUGGCAUACCAAAGAUAAAAACUAUUGUGUUAAACACAUAG